UUUUUUUUUUUUUGAUCCCGCUCCUCCUCCCGGGAUCGCUCCCGGCCAUGGAAGGCUCGGGACCCCCGGGGGGGGCGCGGGGGUCGCCGCCCCCCUGAAGGAACGGCGGGAAAGCUUCCCGUUUUCCCCGACGAUGGAAAAGCUCCUGCUCCCUCUCCUCUUCUUCUUCACCUCGAGCGCCUCGAACGCGCCGCCCUGCCCCAAGCGCUGCUCGUGCCAGAACCUCUCGCCGUCCUUCACCAUCCUGUGCACCAAGACCGGGCUCCUCUUCGUGCCGCCCGGCAUCGACCGGCGCACGGCCGAGCUGCGCCUCAUGGACAACUUCAUCACCGUGCUGCGCCGGCGCGACUUCGCCAACAUGACGCAGCUCAUCCACCUGACGCUGUCGCGCAACACCAUCAGCCAGAUCAUGCCUUACGCCUUCUCCGACCUCAGGGGCCUCCACGCGCUCCACCUGGACAGCAACCGCCUGACGUCCAUCGGCGAGGACCACUUCAAGGGGCUGGUCAACCUGCGGCACCUGAUCCUGAGCAACAACCAGCUCAGCUUCAUCUCGCCCCGGUCGCUGGACGAUUUCUUGGAGACCAUCGAGGAUUUGGACUUGUCCUACAAUAACCUGGUGGACGUCCCUUGGGCCACCGUGGCCAAGCUCUCCAACGUCAACACGGUGAGUUUGGAUCACAACCUCAUCGAGUUCGUGCCCGAGGGGAUCUUCUCCAACCUCCACAAGCUGGCCAGGUUGGACAUGACCUCCAACAAGCUCAAGAAGAUCCCGCCGGACCCGCUGUUCUCCCGCAUCCCCGUCUACGCCAAAUCCAAAGGCUCCCCGCUGACCUCCUUGGUGCUGAGCUUCGGCGGCAACCCCCUGCACUGCAACUGCGAGCUGGUGUGGCUGCGGCGCCUGACGCGCGAGGACGACCUGGAGACGUGCGCCUCGCCGCCGGAGCUGAUGGGCAAAUACUUCUGGAGCAUCCGCGAGGAGGAGUUCGUCUGCGAGCCGCCCAUGAUCACCCACCGGACGCCCAAGCUGGUGACGGCCGUCGGCCAGAGCGCCUCGCUCAAGUGCAAAGCCGUGGGCGACCCCGACCCCUACGUGCGCUGGAUCGCCCCCGACGGCAAACUGGUGGCCAACACGUCCAGGACGGUUUCGUACGAGAACGGGACGUUGGAUAUUUUGGAGGCGGCCGCGGGGGACCAAGGGACCUUCACGUGCAUCGCCUCCAACGCCGCCGGCGAGUCGACGGCGCCGGUGGAGUUCCGUGUGGUGCCGGACGGCAACGGCACCGAGUGCGAGGAAGAGGAGGGGAAGAAGGCGGGCACGGCCGGGCCGGAGCCGUCGGAUAUCCUGAUUUCGGCCAAAUCCAGCCUGGGCAACGACUCCAAGCUGGAGAGGGGGGACAGAGGGGGGGUGGUGGUGGCCGAGGUGACGGCGACGUCGGCGCUGGUGCGGUGGCCGCCGCAGGAGGAGCUGGAAGGGCUGAGGAUGUACCAGAUCCAGUACAACAGCUCGGCCGACGAGAUCCUGGUUUAUCGGUGA